AAUAACAAAUUAAAAAAGACUUUGAAUGUUUGUUGGUCCUUUUCAUUCUUUUUUUGCAAUAUCAUAUUUUUCUCUACAGUUCUGUUCAUCCAAAAGACAGUGACAUAUUUUGUGGUUUAGUGUUCUUUAUUCUCCACAAUUUGGAUUACAAUCGAUACCCAUUUUACUUAAAUGUUUUGGGGUUAGACAGUAGUUGGUUUUCACUCUUGUGAAUUUUGUAACAGACAAGAAGGCGUUACCAUUAACGGUCAAGUUUUAAACAUAUGUGAUUCCCUGAUGAUACUAUUGUAAAGGCAGAUAAUCUCAAAGAUCUCCAAAUACUUUUACAAAGAUUAAAUGACACAUCUUAUUCCUGAGGUCUAAAAAAACUAAGAUUAUUGUCAAUUGAGAAGAUGUCCAAGGUAACCUUAUCAUAGACAAUACACCUAUGGAGAGUAUGGAAAUAUACGUAUCUGGGUAGCUUGAUAACGGCAACGUUGGAUCAGUCAAGUUGAAAUUAGAUCCCGAAUAGAGAUAGCAAGAGUGGCAUUUGUGAAAUAACAAAAAUUUCUGUGUAGGGAGAAUAUCAUUUUUUUUUUUUGAAAACAUCAUUGAUUUAAGCAAUCAGUUACAUACAAGAUAUUACAAUUAUUAAUAAAGUUAAAUACAUAUUUUGAAAGCUAAUAUAAGUGAUAAACUCUUAAAGGUGUCUUAACUGUAGUCUUGUUUUACAAACAUUACAUCAAAUUAAAUAAUACCUAAACAUAUAGAAAACAAUUUUAACAUUGACUAACAACAAUCUUAAGUUUCUUCAUAAAUCUCCUGUAGUAAGAAAUCUCCUGUUUUAUAUCAGACGGCAAAGAAUUAAAUCUCCGUGAAGGUUCAUCAAUAGGAUUUCUUGGAGCUAUGUUGGUUCUAGCAUUAUUUAGUCUAACAUUAUUAUUUCUAAUCUAAAACUUCGAAUAUGAAUGUUAAGAUGCUCCGUAUUUUCGACUCUACUUUAUGAAGCUGAGGCUUGGACUCCUUUAAAAGGUGGUCGCAUAUUAAAAAUAUCCUGGAAAGAUAAAGUCACGAACAUGGAACUGCGUCUGAGAAUUCAAAAGGACGAGGAAGUAGUUAACACGCUAAAAAGAAGAAAACUUGAAUACUUCGGACAUGUUAUAAGGGGACCUAAAUAUCCGUUACUACAAAAAAUAAAAGGAAAUAAUGCCAGGGAAGAAGAACAUCUUGGCUCAGAAACUAAAGAAAUUGUUUGGACUAACAUCAAACUAUUUAGAGCAACCGUCAGUAAAACAACAAUUGCCCUGAUGAUAUCCAACCUCCGAUGAGAAGCCGAAACUUGAAUAGAGAGAAUUUUCGUCAUCUAUAUCCAACAUCAUGAAACCAUGGUUUUUUCAUGGGGUAUUGGUUCAAUUCUUGCACAUUCUUCUCCUUUUGUGCUUGGCUACUUUAUGUAACUGCCUCUGUUCAAUUGCCCUUUACAAAUUUCUUUGAGUCCUAUUAAAUUGGGUUGGUUGAGACUUCCUUCUGCUGUCAAUUUUUCUACAUUAUUGGCUUUGAUUUCAGUAUGGCUGGGUACCUAAAUUAGUGACAAUAUCCAAUGAAAACAGAACAAGCACGCAGACUGAACUCUGGGAUAUCCCGCACUUUAAUCUCUGUAAGUCAAACACUGAAUUUGCAUAUGAAACUUACUGUACUUUAUUAUUCAGAAAUGUCAAGAGCAAAUAAAAGAAAGCACGUGUUACUAGAAACGUUCCUAGACGAUUUUUCUGCACCAACUGAAAACCAGCAAAUAGUAAAAGUACUCAGCAGUAAAGGCAACAAUUUGCACGAAGUUGAAUCCACUGACAAAAAAACCUUUUUAGUAUCGAUGCCUACUAAAUUUCGUAAAAAUAUGUGGGUUAAAAGGGGUGAUUUUGUAUUAGUAGAACCCAUUGAAGAAGGUGAUAAAGUGAAAGCCGAGAUCGUCCGAAUACUAACCACUCAACAUAUAAAAUACUUUAUCGCGGAUAACGUUUGGCCUAAAGAGUUUUCACAGGAGAAAGAAAAAGGUUUGACCAGUGAUAAUGAUGAAGAUAUAUUUGUGAAUCCCAAUAGACCUCAGGUUCGUGAUGAUAGUAGUGAGGAAGAUAGUGACAGUGAAUCUGAAGAGGAACAGAGUUCAGAAAGCAAUGGAGAGGCACAGAGUUCAGAUGACGAUUCAAACACAAAAAAAUUAACGGCAUUGAAAGUUUAAAUUUUUUGGUACAAUAAUAAACUUUGGUAUUUA